AUCGUGGAUCCUGUGGCCUGAACUAGUGAGUACUUCUGUAUUACAUCUUCUGUCAUCCAAUGUUGCUUAAGCGCUUUUGACCCCUCAAGCGGUGCGUGUGUUGAUGCCUUAGUAUUCCUCUGUGCCUAAUGUCCAGAAUGCCUGGCGAAGCCACAGAAACUGUCCCUGUUACUGAGCAGGAGAUGCAGCAGCCACAGGCUGAGACGGCCAAACCUGCUGGUCCUGUGCCUCCCCCUGUUGCUGUGGCCCAUGUUCCCUCUCAGGCAAAGCCUAAAGAGAGCAAGACUAACUUCAAGCGGUCUACUUCUCACACCUCUGCUCCUAAACCUGUUCCUGCUGGACGCAGGAAACGCUCCUCUUUAUCUGCCUCCUCAAGCUCCCCCACCUCUCCCAAAACUGCCUCUGGCCCUCAUGCUACCCCACCAUGCUCCCUCCUGGCCUCUCCUCCAGCUGACACUCCAGUCACUGUAAAAACUGACCAAACUGCUACCAAGGUUGUAAAGGCUGGCAAACAGGGAAAGCAACAAAAAGCAAAGAAUUUCAAACCUGCCGAACGUGAGCAUACGGUUGCACCUCCCUCCACCUCUAAGUCUGCUCAAGAGUGCACACCACUUGCAGCUCUGCCACCUCUUGCUAUAUCUGCACCAGAGGUAGCAAAACCAGCUGGAGAUGCAGCUCUUUCCCCUGUCUCUCCCAAAGUUGCUGUGGCUCCUGUGGCUUUUAAAGUCAACUCCAAACCUGCUGUCCAAGCACCCAAAUCAUUUACAGCAGAUAUGGCCUCCAGUCAACCUAAAGUGGCUGAAGCUCCCAAGGCUCCAAAAGUAUCAACCACUGUGGUUUCAGAACCCAAUAAUUCUGCACCUCCAAAAGCAGCAGCAGCUAAACCUGGCCCUGCUCCAGUGCCAGACAGGAAGCCAGCCCCUGCUAGCAAAGCAGAGUCUCUUAAACAUAAACCAUCUGUGGCCCCCACAAAGCCAUCUCCCUGGGUUACACCUUCAGUAUUACAAGAUGAUGAUCUCCCACCACUCAUACCACCUGAGGAUCCUGUUACAAUGCCUUUUAUCCCCCCCAUGCUACCAAGCACAAUCCCUGUAGUAACCCCAGCAGCUCCUAAAACUGAGCCUGUUGCUACCAAUAAAGAGUCUGCCCCUAAAGUGGAGUCAGCCCCUGCCCCUAAAGUGGAGUCAGCCCCUGCCCCUAAAGAUGAGCCUACUCAUGUACAUAAAGCUGCCCCUAAAGCGGAGUCAGCCCCUAAAGCCAAGCCAGCCGCUGCCCCUAAAGCCAAGCCAGCCCCUGCCCCUAAAGCGGAGUCUGCCCCUGCCCCUAAAGCGGAGUCUGCCCCUGCCCCUAAAGCGGAGUCUGCCCCUAAAGCGGUGUCUGCUCCUGCCCCUAAAGCUAAGCUUGUCCCUAAAGAUGAACCUACUCAUGUACAUAAAGCUGCCCCUAAAGCGGAGUCUGCUCCUGCCCCUAAAGCGGAGUCUGCUCCUGCCCCUAAAGCUAAGCUUGUCCCUAAAGAUGAGCCUACUCAUGUACAUAAAGCUGCCCCUAAAGCGGAGUCGGCCCCUGCCCCUAAAGCUAAGCUUGUCCCUAAAGAUGAGCCUACUCAUGUAUAUAAAGCUGCCCCUAAAGCGGAGUCUGCUCCUGCCCCUAAAGCUAAGCUUGUCCCUAAAGAUGAGCCUACUCAUGAACAUAAAGCUGCCCCUAAAGCGGAGUCUGCCUCUGCCCCUAAAGCGGAGCCUGCCCCUAAAGUUAAGUCUUCCCCUAAAGAUGAGCCUACUCAUGUACAUAAAGCUGCCCCUAAAGCGGAGUCGGCCCCUGCCCCUAAAGCGGAGUCGGCCCCUGCCCCUAAAGCUGAGCCUAAAGUGGAGUCAGCCCCUGCCCCUAAAGCUAAGCCAUUUGCUGCACCCAAAGCUGAGACUGCCCCUAAGGCGGAGUCUGCCCCUGCCCCUAAGGCGGAGUCUGCCCCUGCCCCUAAGGCGGAGUCUGCCCCUGCCCCUAAGGCGGAGUCUGCCCCUGCCCCUAAGGCGGAGUCUGCCCCUGCCCCUAAAGCUAAGCCAUUUGCUGCACCCAAAGCUGAGACUGCUCCCACCUCUAAAGGUGACGCUCCUCUUGCCCCUGUCCCCAUGCUAGUUAAACCCCCAUCCAUACUGGAGCCAGUCAUCAGGAACGACAAGGGGUCUGGCACUGAAUCUGACAGUGAUGAAUCUGUUCCUGAGCUGGAGGAGCAGGACUCUGCACAGACACAAACACAACAGGCACAGCUGGCAGCUGCUGCUGAAAUUGACGAGGAACCUGUCAGCAAAGCAAAACAAAGCCGAAGUGAGAAGAAAGCCAGAAAGGCCAUGUCCAAAUUGGGUUUGAGACAAGUUGCUGGCGUUACUAGGGUAACUAUUCGCAAGUCCAAGAACAUUCUCUUUGUCAUCACCAAACCAGAUGUCUACAAAAGUCCAGCUUCAGAUACAUACAUUGUCUUCGGUGAGGCCAAGAUUGAAGACCUUUCCCAGCAAGCUCAGUUGGCUGCUGCAGAGAAGUUCAAGGUGCAAGGAGAAGCUGUUUCAAACAUCCAGGAAAACACACAGACGCCCACAGUACAGGAGGAGAGUGAAGAGGAAGAGAUUGAUGAGACUGGAGUGGAGGUCAAGGACAUUGAGCUAGUGAUGUCACAGGCCAAUGUGUCCAGGGCAAAGGCUGUGCGUGCACUGAAGAAUAACAAUAAUGAUAUUGUCAAUGCUAUUAUGGAAUUGACAAUGUAGAUGGAGAUCAGGGACUGGGUCACGCCAAGAUGUUGCUGAUUUGAUCUACACUAUUGUUUGUACAAUUUAUACGCAAGAGAAAUAAAGGUGUGGCUUGAUGAAA